AUGUCUGCCUCCCCUCGUGAGGCUGCAGUGGAAGAGAAAGAACUGCUGCACCUAGAAUCCCUCCUGGAUCACCCAAAGGAGCAUCCAAACCAUCUCCUGGGCUGGCUACAGACGACAUGCUCAGAUGCAUUUACGCCAUCGAUGUUGACAACGGCCCAGAAUGACACGAAGACGAAACUGAAGCCCACAGCCUAUCUGGAUGGUCUCCGCGGCUUUGCAGCCUUGCUCGUCUACUCGCUGCAUCACGAACUCUGGGCUCACGAGACAGACUGGGCUCUGGAAGACGCAUUCGGCUGGGACGGCAACUACAAGUUCAUCUGCUUCCCCGGCAUCCGCGUCUUCUUCUCCGGUGGCCAUACCGCAGUGGCAAUCUUCUUUGUGAUAUCCGGUUAUGUGCUGUCGCUCACGCCACUGCGCCUCAUACAGGCUGGAGAGACUGGCAGGCUCGCAGACAGUCUUGGUUCUGCACUCUUCAGGCGCUGGAUACGACUUUUCCUGCCUGUUGCAGCGACUACGCUCAUAUUCUUGACAUCCUGGCAUAUAUUCGGCAUAAGAUCCAGUAACCCCAUUGCUGACCCGCCAGAGCGGACUUAUGGCGAUGAGCUUUGGAAGUGGUAUUACGACUUCAAGAACUACAGCUUCAUAUUCAACAGCGAGAUGACGAACAAGUACAACGACCAUACCUGGUCUCUGCCGACAGAAAUGAGAGGUUCAAUCGUCGUCUGGACUUCAGCGCUUGCUUUCAUCCGUUGCAAGACCAACAUGAGGCUCUGCUUGGAAGCAGGUCUUGCGUUCUACUUCCUCUACGUUGUGGAUGGCUGGUACUGUGCACUCUUUAUGGUAGGAAUGCUACUGUGCGAUCUUGAUCUGCUGGCGGAGAAAGGACAGUUGCCCGACUUCUUCCACCGACUGAAGCCCCUGCAGGGCUGGAUCUACUACGCACUGUUCUUCGCCAGCCUGUACCUAGGCGGCGUGCCAUCCAUCACGAACGAUCUCAAUCAUUUGCGGAAGGAGCCUGGCUGGUACUUUCUGUCAUUCUUGAAGCCACAAGCAGUGUACGACUUUCGAUGGUUUUACCGCUUUUGGGCUGCGACCUUCGCGAUGAUCGCCAUCCCUCGCAUCUCCUGGCUCAAGAAGUUCUUCGAGACGUCGUUCUGUCAGUACCUCGGCCGCGUCUCAUUCGCACUGUACCUUGUCCACGGACCGGUGCUGUGGACAGUCGGCGACCGCGUGUACGCUGCUGUUGGCCGACUACGAGUCAACCAGCCCGCAGUCGUUGGUGCAUGGAUGAACAUCUUUCCAUUUCCGAGCUGGGGCAUCUUCGGUCUGGAGGUCAACUAUCUGAUCCCACAUUUGAUCUUGCUGCCGCUGACAUUGUGGUGCGCGGAAAUUGUAACGAAGCUCAUCGACGAACCAACAGUCAACUUCGCGAGAUGGCUGCUCAACUCUAGUGCCGUUCCGAAACGCGGCGCAUCAUGA